UUUCCCUUAAUUCUUUUCUUCUUCAAACCCCCGCAAUCAAUCAUCACUUCAUUAUUUUUCUCAAGCCUUUGCUUCUUUCAAUUCAUGUCUCUUUCAUAUGAUUAUUCUCUCUCAAAUUUUUUUCCUCCUCAGUAGCUACAAAAAUUUCACUCUUUCUUUCUUCUUGUUUCAUAAAGUUUCAAUUUUUUUGAAUUUAUUCUGACAUAGACCAUCACUUUCCACAGAUUUAAGCGCCCCAUUUAUUGUUCAACACCCAAUUUAUUAUCUUUCUGCCUAAACUGCAUUACCCUUUUGAAAUAUUCUUCUGGGUUGUUAAGGUCAAAGAGAAAGUUGACAUUUUGACUUCAAGUUUUUGGGUUUUUUGUUCACACAAUGAAGCUUGUGGUUCGUGUGAUUGAGGCAAAGAACUUGCCACCAAUGGAUCUUAAUGGGUUUAGUGAUCCAUAUGUGAGGUUACAGUUGGGGAGACAAAGGUUUAGGACUAAAGUGGUUAAGAAGAGUUUGAAUCCUAAGUGGGAUGAAGAGUUUAGCUUUAAGGUGGAUGAUCUUAAGGAAGAGUUGGUGGUUUCUGUUAUGGAUGAAGAUAAGUAUUUGAUUGAUGAUUUUCUUGGUCAACUUAAAGUUCCUAUGUCAACUGUUUUUGAUGAGGAGAUCAAAUCACUUGGUACUGCUUGGUACUCUUUGCAACCCAAGAGUAAGAAGUCCAAGAACAAAGAAUCUGGUGAGGUUCGUUUGAGCAUAUAUUUUGAACUGAAAACGGCAUCCGUUGAGUCAAAUGUUCACGGUGAUCUAGUAUUCCAUCCAAGAAAAAGUGCUGAUACUAUUACUGAUUCGCCUUCAAGGUCUUCCACUGGAUAUUCAAGCUCAUCUUCACCUGCAAGGGAUGAAGUUGCAUCUGCUAAGGAUGAAAAACCGAGUACUCAAAAAUCACUCACAGGGAGAAUUGCUCAUAUCUUCAAUAAGAAUUCUGAUAUGUCGUCAAGCUCGUCACAUAGAAGCAUUGACUCAGACCAACCUGAAAUUACCAAAGUGGAAGUUAGUGAGGUCAAGACCGAGGAUCAGUCUUCGGAGGAGACUUUUGAAGAAGCUAUGAAGAAAGUGCAGUCUUUAGAUCAAGGAAGUGAAAUUCCUACCAACUUACCUGGAGGGUUGUUAGUAGAUCAACAUUAUACUAUUGCACCCGAAGACUUGAACGUGUUACUCUUUUCUUCCGAUUCUAAUUUUCUCAAGUCACUGGCUGAUGUACAGGGUAGUACCGAACUUCAAGUAGGACCUUGGAAGUUUGAGGAUGGCGGGGAGAGCCUCAAAAGAUUAGUCACUUACGUCAAGGCUCCGAGCAAAUUAAUUAAGGCAGUCAAAGCCUUUGAAGAUCAGACAUAUUUAAAAGCUGAUGGGAAGAACUUUGCUGUUUUUGUCGUUGUCAGUACUCCUGAUGUUGUGUAUGGGAGCACCUUUCGGGUAGAAUUACUCUAUACAAUCACACCUGGACCUGAGUUGCCCUCAGGAGAACAAUGUUCACAUCUGGUUAUAUCAUGGCGAAUGAAUUUCAUACAGAGCACCAUGAUGAGAGGAAUGAUAGAGAAUGGAGCUCGGCAAGGUAUGAAGGAGAGUUUUGAACAGUAUGCCAGUUUAUUAUCCCAGGAUGUCAAACCUGUUGAUGUAACAGAACUUAGUUCGAGUAAGGAGCAAGCAUUGGCAUCUUUACAAGCAGAGCCGCAGUCAGAUUGGAAGCUGGCAGUGCAGUAUUUUGCUAACUUCACAGUAGUCUCAACAGUCUUCAUAGGGUUGUAUGUGCUUGUCCACAUAUGGCUUGCUGCUCCGAGUAUAAUUCAAGGGCUCGAGUUUGCUGGACUUGAUUUGCCAGAUUCAAUAGGUGAAUUUGUUGUUUGUGCUGUCCUGGUUCUUCAAGGUGAACGCAUGCUGGGUUUAAUAUCACGCUUCAUAAAAGCCAGAGCACAAAAGGGAAGUGAUCAUGGAAUUAAAGCUCAAGGAGAUGGGUGGUUAUUAACCGUUGCCUUGCUUGAAGGAAGCAAUUUAGCUUCUGCGGAAUCUGGUGGAUUCUCUGACCCAUAUGUAGUGUUUACUUGCAAUGGGAAAGUAAGAACCAGUUCAAUCAAGUUCCAGAAAUCUAAUCCUUUAUGGAAUGAAGUAUUUGAGUUUGACGCAAUGGAUGAUCCUCCUUCUGUGAUGGAUGUGGAAGUUUAUGAUUUCGAUGGGCCUUUUGAUUCCGCUACAUGUCUAGGGCAUGCUGAAAUUAACUUUCUAAAAGCAAACAUCUCCGAUCUUGCUGAUACAUGGGUUCCUCUUGAAGGCAAGUUAGCUUUUGCAUGUCAGUCUAAGUUGCACUUAAGAAUUUUCUUGGACAACACUAGAGGUGCGACUGGAAAUGUAACAAAAGACUAUCUAAAUAAAAUGGAAAAAGAGGUUGGAAAGAAGAUUAAUAUGCGGUCUCCUCAAACUAAUUCGGCGUUCCAAAAACUCUUCGGGCUUCCACCUGAGGAAUUUCUCAUCAAUGACUUCACAUGUCACUUGAAAAGAAAAAUGCCCCUGCAGGGACGCCUAUUUCUAUCACCAAGAAUAAUUGGAUUUCAUGCUAAUUUGUUUGGAAAGAAAACAAAAUUCUUUUUUCUCUGGGAGGAUAUUGAAGACAUUCAGGUUAUUCCUCCUACAUUUUCAUCAAUGGGAAGUCCAAUAGUUGUCAUAACUCUUCGGCCGGGUAGAGGUGUUGAUGCAAGGCAUGGUGCAAAAACACAAGAUGAACAAGGAAGGUUGCAUUUCAAUUUCCAAUCCUUUGUAUCGUUCAAUGUCGCACACAGGACUGUCAUGGCUCUCUGGAAGGCCAAAUCAUUGACUCCGGAGCAGAAAGUGAAGGUUGUUGAACAGGAAUCUGAAACCAAAACCCUUAUAAGCGAAGAUAGUGGCUCGUACCUUGUUCUGGAUGAUGUUAGCAUGUCUGAGAUUCAUUCAUGUUCUCUUCCAAUUCCUGCAAGUUUUCUAAUGGAGAUAUUUAGUGGGGGUGAGGUUGACCGCCGGGUCAUGGAAAACUCUGGUUGUCUUAAUUACUCUUAUACCCCUUGGGUAUCAGAGAACUGCGAUAUCUCUGAGAGGGCAGUAUAUUACAAAUUCGAGAAGCAUGUUUCAAGUUAUAAAGGUGAAGUGACAAGUACUCAACAAAGAUCUCCCCUUUUAGAUGGAAAGGGUUGGCUUGUAGAAGAAGUUUUGAAUCUUCACGGUGUUCCUCUUGGUGAUUAUUUCAAUAUACACCUUCGCUAUCAAAUAGAAGAUUUACCGCCAAAAGCAAAGGGGUGUAGAGUUUCAGUGUUUUUUGGAAUUGAAUGGCUGAAAAAUGCAAAAAAUCAGAAAAGGAUUACAAAGAAUAUUCUACAGAAUCUGCAAGAACGUAUUAAAGUGACCUUUAGUCUAGCUGAGAAGGAGCUUUUACCUAGAUAGCAACUGAGACUUAAACACCGAGGAGGUAGCUGAUAUCAUUCACGGGCUCGGACUCGAAUAUAUGGGUAUAACAACUUAUAAGGUUUGCGCGAAUGUGUUGUUUGUCCUUGGAUUGCAUGACAAUCCUAACUUCUGUGAAUAUCAAUGGAACUCUUAUCAGAAGUAGAAUGCUGCUGAAAGUUGUGCUCUUUGGUUGACUUGCUAUUAAGUUUAGUCUUCAAACCAGAUUACUCAUAGGAGAGAUUACCUGAUUGUUCCAUUGUGCAUAGCCAUGACUAUGGCAGAAGAUACUCACUUAGAUUGUAACAAUAUAGUUGAUAGUUUAUCACAAGGGUCAGCAACAUGUAUACUCAUAAUUGUUAGGAUUGUGAGAGUUGACAGUAGUAGUCAAGUAAUGCUUUUUGUCAUACAGGAAAUGUAAAAAUCUUUUAUGCCAGAGAACUUAGAAGACCAUGAUAUGAUAUGAAGCACUGGUCCUUCAAUUCCUUAUUGAUUGAUUAUUUGAGAUACAUUUUUUAUAAAUAAUUUGAAACACUUUCCGAGUAA